AGAGAUAAACUAUAAAGUACAAAGUCUACUUAUUUAUAGUGAAGACGGGGAUAAAUAUCAACUACUGGGCUAUACCAAUCUUGGAGGAGAUCAGGUCUAUAUCAUAAUUUAUUUAUUCAGUUUCAUCUAUGCACCUCCUACUCUCAUUAAGGGAAUCUCCAUUGGAUGUACGCAUUCUAUGGAGUUCAGUAUUUCUUCGUAUGGCUAGUUUCGGUCUUACAAACCAAGUUUUAACUCUAUAUUUGAAGUCUUUGGAAGUUUCCGAAACUAAUAUCGGAUUAUUUAUGACCUUAACAUUGAUUGGGGAUACUUUAAUAUCAUACACUUUGACAUGGUACGCCGAUACAAUAGGACGAAGAACGGUCAUGGUCCUUGGUACAGUGAUGAUGUGUAUUUCCGGGUGGAUAUUUUCCAUUAGUUCCAACUACAUAAUACUUCUUCUUGCUGCAAUCAUCGGAGUGAUAUCUCCUCUGGGUGAUGAAACAGGACCAUUCAAGUCGGUGGAAGAGGCAUCCAUUGCUCAUUUGACUCCACAUAACCAUAGACCAGAGGUUUUUGCCUUUCAUGGACUAUUUGCCACUGCAGGUGCAGCUUUAGGCUCAUUUGUGUGUGGGAUUACCGUUGACUAUUUCCAUUUACAGAGAGAAUGGCCCCUUCAACUGUGUUAUCGAUUGAUAUUUGUCAUGUACUCAGCUAUUGCAUUUACAAAAUGUAUAUUAAUGUUAUUCCUUUCUCCCAAAUGUGAGGUUGGAUAUGUGGAUCUUGAAACUACAACCUCAUCACUUUUGGAUACGAGUGAUAUACAUGAAGAAGAAGAUUAUGGAUCAAUUGGGAACAAUAAGACCCUCAAAUCUAAUCCAAGUAUCACCGAUAUCGAUAAUAAAUCUAGCUCACUUUCACCAACUACAAGGUAUUAUCUUCCAAGACUUCUAAUAGUGUUUAUGUUGGAUUCCUUGGGAUACGGUUUCAUGCCUUCUGCUUGGGUGGUCUAUUACUUCAAACUUGCAUUUGCAAUGUCUGCUACUGGUCUUGGAACUCUUUUCUUUUUCACUAACGCAAUUGAUUCAAUCUCUUCACUUCCAUCUGCUUAUUUUGCUAAAACUCUUGGACCAGUAAAACUGAUUAUCUUUACUCAAGCUCCUCUGGCGUUAUUUUUCAUCCUCAUUGCCUUCACAGGUAAUCAUAUCAUGGCAUCCACAUUAUUAAUACUCUACUGUGCCACUUCUACCAUGGAUGUUGUUCCGCGUCAAGUUCUUCUCACAUCAAUAAUGCCGCAAGAAGAACUUACUAAAGUUAUGGGUAUUGUAAAUAUUGGGAAGACAUUUGCUCGAUGUAUUGGUCCUGUAUUCACUGGGAAGCUUGCAAGUCAUGAACAUUUAAAUAUUGGGUUUAUUAUUAAUGGAGGAUGUGUUCUUGCAGCAGACUUGAUUUUAGGUAUUAAUUUCUUAUCUAUGGAUAGUGACAUAUUAGCAAAGACAACUACAAAUAUUUUACCGGAAAUAUAAGUUUGGGUUCAUUAUAUAUUUUUAUGUUUCAUUUACAUGGUUUGGUUUUUUUUUCUAUAUUUAUUAAUAACGUUUAUAAUUCGUAUGCGUACAUUAAGAUUCAUGUUAAUUUGUUUGUUGUGUGUGUGUUUUUUAUGGACACAUAGACUCCAAUAUUUUCAUUGAGUCAUUACAUU